AUAUAUAAAUAAUCCAAACACCACAAAGAUCUUAAUCAUCUAACAAUGCAAUGAGUCAAUACAUGGAUAAGGACAGUGUGGUUUUGUUGGAUUUUUGGCCAAGCGUAUAUGGAAUGAGAGUGAAAAUUGCUUUGGAAGAGAAGGGAGUCUCAUAUGAAUGUAGACAAGAAGAUUUUCAAGAUAAAAGCUCUAUGCUUUUAGAGAUGAACCCGGUUUACAAAAUGAUACCGGUUUUGGUUCAUAAUGGAAAACCUAUAUGUGAAUCACUUAAUAUAGUUGAAUACAUUGAUGAAGCUUGGAAUCACAAACCUUCUCUUUUGCCCUUAGACCCUUACAAGCGAUCACAAGCUAAGUUUUGGGGAGAUUACAUUGACAAACAUGUAUACAGCAUUCGAAGGAAGCUAUGGAAAGGAAAGGUUGAAGAACAAGAGGAAGGUAAAAAGAAGUUUAUAGAAGGCUUGAAGACUCUAGAAGAUGAGCUUGGAGACAAGCCAUAUUUUGGUGGAGAUGAGUUUGGGUAUGUUGAUGUGGCUCUUAUACCCUUCACUAGUUGGUUUUACACUUACGAGAUAUAUGGGAAACUAAGCAUUGAGAAAGAGUGUCCUAAGCUUGUAGCUUGGGCCAAAAGGUGUAUGGAAAAAGAGAGUGUGGCAAAGUCACUUCCUCACCCUCACAAAAUCUAUGGUUUUGCAAUGCAAUAUAAACAGAAACAUAGACUUGAAUAGAGAUUUUGUUGGGAUUGCAUGGGGACCGGAGAAGAACUUUGUAAGAAGAAUAAUCAAACAUAAGAUUGAAAUAGUGUAUCAUAAAAUAUGAAUUAGAUUGGCAUCUAUUGUUAGUGUAAAAUAAAUUUAUGCUUAUUAUAUAAUAAUUAAUAUGUAAAAUAAGAUUAUGUUGUCA